AUGACGAAGCCACUAGUUCUCCUUUUGGGCGAAAUUGAGCAUGCGCACGAAGAAUGGGCUUCGAUUUCCGAGAUCGCAGAUAUCAUCGAACCCAAGGCCCGAUCUCGAGAAGAGUUUAUAAAGGAGUGUAAAUCGGGCGCCUUUGAUAAUGUGGUGGCCACGUAUCGGACUUUCCAGAGUGUAGCUAUCACUGGCUUGAUCGACGAGGAACUGAUAGCCCUCUUGCCAAGGAGCUUGAAGUUCAUUGCCCACAAUGGAGCUGGAUACGAUCAGAUUGACGUCCACGCCUGCACAGCUCACGGCAUCAGAGUCUCGAAUGUACCGACAGCCGUGGAUGACGCUACAGCAGAUACGAAUAUGUUCCUCAUUUUAGGAGCUUUGAGAGGGUUUAAUACCUCAAUGAUUGCACUCCGAAACGGUCACUGGAAAGGCUCCCCCCCACCACCCCUCGGUCAUGACCCACAAGGCAAAGUUCUCGGUAUCUUAGGAAUGGGAGGCAUCGGAAGGAACCUGAAGAAGAAGGCCGAGGCUUUUGGAAUGACAGUUCAAUAUUAUAACCGCUCCAAGCUAUCGGAGGAGUUGAGUGGAGGCGCAAAGUACGUCGGUUUCGACGAAUUGUUGAAAACUUCGGAUGUGCUAUCACUUAAUCUGCCUUUGAAUAAACAAACGCGCCAUAUUAUCUCCACCAAGGAAUUCGAGCAAAUGAAGAAAGGGGUAGUGAUUGUCAACACUGCUCGAGGUGCGGUCAUGGAUGAAGCUGCCCUCGUAGUUGCGCUGGAGAAGGGACAAGUUUGGUCAUGCGGGCUGGACGUUUUUGAAGAGGAGCCAAAGGUUCAUGCUGGUCUGAUUGCCAAUCCCCAUGUAAUGUUGGUCCCUCAUAUGGGAACUUGGACUGUUGAAACUCAGACCAAGAUGGAGACUUGGUGCAUCGACAACAUUCGGAGUGCGAUUGAAAAGGGCAAGUUAAUGAGCCCUGUCGGCGAGCAGAAGGAUAUAUGA